AAGGAAGAGAAAAUGUUCAUCUUCCAUUCACAAGUUCUUAUACAUUUCUCACGUUAGACAUCUUCAAGCUUCUGUUUUUCACGUUCUCUUGGCAGUGUACAGUUUGUUUAAACAUAAAUAGAAUUUCCCGAUCUGCUUCCUAACUGAAUUUGCUUUACAUAAUCAAUUGGACACAAUCCAGAGGCUUAAGGAAAGUUGCGGACAAAUCUUACAGGGAAGCUCAAGAUGUCUGUCCUAAUCAUCGUGCUUCCUCUCAGAUCUUAGCUCGGCAAGAUUUGGCUCUCUGGUUCUUCGCUAAUCGGUUUGUUGAAAUUUUGUCGAGCAAUUGAUCGACGAUGGAUCCAGUGUUCCCAAAUUGAUUUUUCCAAUAUCUCUUCCUUUGAGAUAUAUACAUUUCCUGGAUUGCCUCUCGAUUCAAAUAAGCUCCAAGAUGUUACAGAUUACAUUUCUUCACCUUAGGUUCACACACCGAUCUUCUACUAUAAUGAAUCGCCAUAGCUGAUUUUGUCCCCCUUUUUCCGUUGUUCAUCCGGAAAAGGAAAAUGCAAACUGAUAGUGGCAAAUUAUUUGUUGGUGGGAUAUCUUGGGAUACUGAUGAAGACCGGCUUAAAGAGUACUUCAGUGCCUUUGGGGAGGUUGUAGAAGCUGUCAUUAUGAAGGAUCGGACUACAGGUCGAGGUCGAGGCUUCGGCUUCAUAGUUUUUGCUGAUCCAAGUGUUGCAGAUAGAGUUAUAAGGGAGAAGCAUAAUAUUGAUGGAAGAAUGGUUGAGGCAAAAAGGGCUGUUCCUAGAAAUGACCAGAACAUUGUAGGUAGAACCAGUGGUAGCAUUAAUGUUUCUCCUGGUCCUGGACGAACUAGAAAGAUAUUUGUUGGGGGCUUAGCAUCUACUGUUACAGAGAGUGAAUUCAAGAAUUAUUUUGAUCAAUUCGGAACAAUUACAGAUGUUGUGGUGAUGUAUGACCACAAUACUCUUCGACCCAGAGGUUUCGGGUUUAUUACAUAUGAUUCGGAAGAAGCGGUCGAGAAAGUUCUUAUCAAGACUUUCCAUGAAUUGAAUGGAAAAAUGGUUGAAGUCAAGCGUGCAGUUCCAAAAGAGUUGUCACCAGGCCCAAGCCGAAGUCCACUUGGUGGAUACAAUUAUGGUCAGAGUAGGGUCAAUAGCUUCCUUAAUGGUUAUACUCAGGGGUAUAGUUCAAGUACAAUUGGAGGUUAUGGGGUUAGAAUGGAUGGUAGAUUUAGUCCAGUUUCUAGUGGUCGAAGUGUAUUCACUCCGUUCAGUUCGGGUUAUGGAAUGGGCGUGAACUUUGAGAUUGGCUUGAAUCCAGGGUACGGGGGAAGUUCCAAUUUUACCAAUAAUCUCAAUUAUGGACGGGGACUGAGCCCGUAUUAUACUGGUAAUUCGGAUAGAUUUGGCAAUAUAGGGUAUGAGAGUGGCAAUGGAGGAAACUCAUCCUUCUUCAGCUCAGCAACUCAAAACUUGUGGGGAAGUGGAGGGCUCAACAAUGGAACAAACUCUGCCAACUCCAAUGCUCAUUUGGGAUCAGCAAGCGUUGGCGGCGGCAUUGGGGGAACUGCAUUUGCCAAUUCUGGAGUUAACUGGGGUAGCUCCGGAAUCUUGUCUCAAGGUGGAGGAAACAAUGUUUUUAGUAACUCUGGGAAUCAUAAUUAUGGAGGUAUUGACAGUAGUUAUAGUAUAGGAGCUGGAGGAUAUGGGAGGAACAGUGGUACUGUUUUGCCUCCAACAUCAUCAUUUCCUACCUCAACUGUCGGUUUUGACGGGCCUUUUGCAGAUUUCUACAAUGCCAGUUAUGGCGAUCUCACGUGGCGAUCUUCCAAUUUUGAAAGAGACGUCUCUGGACCCUUUGGUUAUGGACUCGGCAAUGCUGCUUCUGAUGUCUCAUCCAGAAGCUCUCCUGGUUUUAUUGGUGGUCAUAGUGUUAAUAGGAGGCAGUCAAACAGAGGAAACACUACCUAGGAACGAUCGGAUAUGUCAACAUAGUAGAUGAAGAUAAUUGGUGAAGAACGUGAAGUUGCAGAUAAUCAAAUAGAAUAUUCAGUUGAAUUACCCAACAAAAAAAGGGGGAAAAAGAAGAAUUAUCUAUAAAGCUAACUGAGUGCCGAUGCUGAAAACCAAGCUUAGAGGUAUUUAGCCACUUGGGAUUUUGUGUUCAGGUUUGAGUUUUGAUUAGAAAAUUUUCUUUCUUUUUUUGUUUUUUUUUUUUCUUUCAUAUAUUUGAGUGAGAUGUAAAAUCAGAUUGCGGCAGUAUAGCAAAAUACGUAUCAUCAUGCAUCUUCAGUGAGAUGGGGAUCCACAAAGUUAUUAUAGACUAUGCCUUGUUUU